AUGCUUUUCAAAAUAGUUGCUAUACUUACACUAGGAUGGUGUCUCAAUCUUCUCAUAGUUGACGAAAAAGAACCUAAAGAGAUUUUUGACUCUCUUGAAGAGUCAUAUAUAAAUAUUUACAUUGAGUACAAAAUUCUGGAAGAACUUAUAAAAAUAGAGUAUGAAAUUGAUAGAGAUACUAUCAUAAUAGAUUUAUCCUCAAAUAUACAGUCUCAUUUUUGAAUAUCUCAGCUUGCCUCAAGGCAAAGAAUUCUUCAUAUUAUAAAUGAUGAUUUUAAUAAGGGAUAUAGCACUUGGACUUUUUCACUAAAACCAUAUCCGGAUAGAUAUAUAAAUUCCUUAGUAAAUGUUCUAAAAAAUUUUAACUGAAGCUCAGGAAUUGUUUUUCUCUCUGAUAAAAAUUCAUGAAUGAAAGAAAAAAUUAGCAAAAUAUUUGAUAAUGAUUUUCAUUAUAUUAUUGUUGAGAGCAAAACUGAUAUUUCUCAAGUAAUAGAUAGAGAAGUUUUUAGACUUGGCAGCUACUUAUAUUAUUUAUUUACAGAAAGUAAUAUAUCUGAGGAUAUUAUCCAAAACCUCAUAAGGACAAAUUUAUUAUUAAAAGACAGCGGAAUAUUAUUAAGCCAGGAAAGUAGUUAUAAUACAAAUUUUAAUGGCGCUUUAAUUCUAGCUUCAAAAGGCCAAGAAAAUACAAAAUCAUAUGAACAAGAAACUGUCCAAAGCUUAAAAAAUUUAUUUUCUCAAAUGUUUGCAGCUCAAAAUUUUAAUAAUACAGGGAAUGACAUUAAUUUUAUUAUGAAAGAUAUUCUUAUGUCUAUCUGUGAAAGCCAUUUUUGUGCAAAUUCUUUUAAUUUAGUAAAUAUCCAGUCUGGAAAUAGGGUCAUCAUUGGCGAUUCUUUGUCUUUCUCUAUAAACGACUCAAUAAUUUUCCCAUGUAAUUCUUUACUAAUUCCUGAGCCUUGCAAAAAAAUUAUAAAAGUUAGCAUAAGUAAUGGCUCUAUUAAUCCAACAACCCCUCCUAUGCCUUUUACCCACACAAAUUACUAUGGCUGUUAUACAGCCAUAAAUCAAAUAAAUACUGGCCAGGAUUUAAUAGAAAAUUUUAUGCUUUCUCCAUCAACUUUUGAUUGUGGUGUAUCUGAGUAUAAUUCUACUUUUAUGUACAAUUGUUUUUCUAAAAAAUUUGAUGACAUUGGCGUCAUGCAUUUCCCCUCAAGCUUUACACCAGUCGUAUCAGGAACAAUGUUGACGCUCCCCAAGCUAAAUCAUAGUAUUCCGCUCAUUGCAGGUAUGUCUAAUGAUGAUGUCCUUACGUUGCCUCAGAAAUACCCAUUUUUCUCUCGGACAAGUUUCGAUUACGUAUAUGUGGCUGCACAGUUUAUUAAGGUACUCUAUACGAUGGGCUGGAAAAAUUGCGCAGUUUUAUAUCAGGUUGAACCUUUGUAUACAGCCAUGUACCAGCAGUUUGUAGAAACAGCUGAAAAGUAUAACAUGAAUAUCCUCAAUAGAGAAUAUUUACGUGCAAUACCAGGAGAUGUCAAUAAUUAUGAAGCCUUAUUAAAUCACACAGAGAUUGUUCAAGAAGUCAUCAACAGUAACGCUCGGCUAUUAAUAAUGAUUAUGCUUGCUGACAUUUCUAUUGCAACGAUGGAUUUAUUUUACGAUUUAGGCUUAAGAAAUGGCGAUUUAAUAGUAUUAUGAGCAAUGCCAGCUUGGAUCAAUACUAUAUAUGUCCCGAGGUCAGGUGGCUUAGCUGGCUAUCGACGGAUAUGAAACUUGUAUCCCAGGACGUAA